AUGGCGACAGGCAGCGAGACCCACGUGUACUUGGGUUCAUUGGAAGCUGCAGACAACCACCAGUCCUUUUACUACUCUGACGGCAAAGUCCUGACUCUAGCGCUGCUGUACUUACCCGAGAUUGUUUUAUUCCCAGGUGAAGAUCUACCGCUUCGGAUUCUUUCUGACUCACUUUCUCCUAAUAAUGUUCGAGAUUUGCUGUCGACUGGAGGAGCUCUACUGGCUGUGCUACCUCCACAUCAGACUGGACCGCAGUACGGGGUCACAGUUCGAGUCGAGCGCUUUAGCGUAGACGACGAAAGCGUGAGGUUGAUUGGCGCUGCGAGGCAGCGCUUCCGUCUUAGGAAAAGACUGCCAGCUGAGCCGAAUGCUAAGCUCUUGUGGGGAGAAGUGGAGAUCUUGGAACAGGACGGAACUCAGUCGAUUCCGUUUCACGGUUUGUAUUGGCAGCGGAGAACCAAGCAGGAGGGUCAGAGGAGGGAGAAAAACAAAAAGACGAUUUUGCAGAGAGUACGUGAACGACAAUUUCCAGCGUACUGGGGACACGCUAUCUACGCGUUGUACGAUGUACGAGUGUUGGUGCAAAAAAUUCAAAAUGCGUUGCUGUGGAACAUUCACAGCGAAUGGUUUUACAAGCCACGCACGGAACGAUCAAAUGGGCGAGGUGAUGAAAAUGAAUGUGAUGAGAAAGCGUCUUUAGUGCACUAUUUGGCGCUGCCUAGCGACCGACAAGACCCAAAACGUUUCGCAGUCUGGGUAGCUGGUAACUUGCCGCUGGACACGACACAGCGACUAGAGCUUCUGAGAAUAAACUCCACUGUGAGGUUGCUACGUCGAGAGAUUGAGCUACUCGGGCAGACUCAGGAAGAUAUUUUCUGUUUUCUGUGCGGCUCUUUUCUCACGAAGACUCGUGAGAUUUUCAGUACGACGGCGCAUGGUGCAGCUGGAGGAACUUUCGUCAAUCCUGGAGGUCACGUGUUUCAAGUGUUGACACUGCGCAAUGUGGACCGUGCCCGUGUGUUUGUGGACAUAAAUCGUAGUACGGAGGACACGUGGUUCGCAGGCUAUGCAUGGAGUAUCACACAUUGUAAUUCGUGCUACCAACAUCUUGGUUGGCGUUUCGACAGAGUCGAUUCGACACGUUUGCCUGUCAGUUUCUUCGGAUUUCGACGAGCAGCGCUCACUCGAUCUCCGGGCUCCCGACAAGUUGAUUCUUAA